GUUGCCUGCGGAGGAACUUCAUCAGUUCAGCUUUGUUUUCAAGUAAUGGAUCCAUACGGUCACAACCACCACCACCACCACCGCCGUGACGACGAACCACAGUACCCACCUCCACCACACUUCGGCGGUGGACCACCACCUCACUACCCUCCUCCACCUCAUCUUGCUUACCCACCACCUCCAAACCGUGUUGAUGUCUACCCUCCUCCGUACACGGCAGAAUACCACCAUCCACCACCACCACCACCACCGCAAACCAUCCACCAUGUCUAUCACGAGAACACUCACCAUAUCCCCCACAUGCCUCCGAUCAUCAAUCACCACCAUACCGAUCACCAUAAAAUCCCCGAAAAAUACACUGACAAUAAACCCACAGUUAGGGUUUACACCAAGGCGAGACCCGAUUUCUCACUCACGAUCCGUGAGGGUAAAGUGAUUCUAGCACCGUCUAACCCCUCCGAUCCUCAUCAGCAUUGGGUUAAAGAUCUGAAGUAUAGCACAAGGGUGAAAGAUGAACAGGGUUAUCCCGCUUUUGCCUUGAUCAACAAAGCCACUGAUCAAGCCAUGAAACACUCCAUUGGUGCAACUCAUCCGGUUCAACUGAUUGAGUACAACCCUAAUAGACUUGAUGAAUCGGUUCUUUGGACUGAAAGCAAGGACUUAGGUGAUGGAUAUAGAACUGUAAGAAUGGUGAACAAUAUCAAGCUCAAUGUAGAUGCCUUUAAUGGCGAUGCAAACCAUGGUGGUGUUCAUGAUGGGACAAAAAUUGUUUUGUGGGAAUGGAAAAAAGGCGAUAAUCAAAGGUGGAACAUUGUUCCAUAUUGAGGAUAUUCUAUUAUGUUGAUGUGAUGAUGUCUUAGCUAGCUAUAUAAUAUUUGUCAUGUGGGAAGCUUUAUGUUUCUUGUGACUGGUGUUUGUGUUGUGUGUAUAUGUGAACAAUGAAAUAUUUGAAUAACAAUGACAUGUUUGAUGUUGCUUUA